AUGGCUUCGCAUGUGGUGGUGAUUGCUACGGACCUCCGGCGCACGACGAUCAAAGUAACGCCAGGCACAUACCUCAUCGACGUUCUCCAGGAGGCCUGUAAGAAACUGAACCUCCCCGCCGACGCAUACCUGGUCAAACACAAGCAAAAGACAGUCGACCUCUCCGUACCAUUCCGAACAUCUGGAUUAACCGGCGGCGCGAAGCUCGAGCUUGUACAAAAGUCGAAAACCCCCUCCGCAGUCCAAGUAGCUCUGCAGGUCCCCCACCCCGAAGGCAAAGAGAUACCAGGCGGCCGUUUGAUCCAGAAAUUUCCCAGCAACUUGUCGCUAUGGAAAAUACUACGGCAGUUUGAGAGCGGCGACGCCAGCGCUGGGCGGACUCUCAACUUCACCGCGCGGGGUGUUGCUCAAUUGGUUGGAGGCGCCUCAAGCGGAGGUGGUCAGCUCUUCUACGAGACUCCUGUUCUCAACAUCAUGGGACGAGAGUAUGCGACCUUCGCCGAAUUUCAGAAGACCCUAUCUCAGCUCGGGUAUAACUCAGGAAGUGUCCUCAUCCGGCUCUCCUAUAGGGCUACUGACCAGACACUAUAUGAUGCCAUGGAGCACAUCAGCAAGGCCUUCAAGGAGGCAGAGGACGGAGAGCAAGAGUCGGAGGCUACCGCAGGAAAGGAUAAAGCUCCAGGGAAUCCUCCCGAAUCGAGCGAGGAUACACCGAUGACGAAUACGGAGCCCGAGGGUGCGCCGGAGGACGAUAAUUCCCAGAACCAACCUGCGCAAGUCUCCGAAACAUCCGCAGAAACAAAUGCUACCCCCGGGGCACCGGAAAGUGACACACAGGCAGCCAGCUCGUCGGUGCCAGAGAAUUCCUUGCAACCUGUGCAUGUCUUUCUCGCUCCUACCGGCACAGCUCCUGCAGCUGCACAAGCGCCAGUCAACGAGGGAGACUACACCCCUACGAUCGCCCAUGCACAGCUACACCAGGCACGUUUACUAGAGCACUCAAGGAACAAAAGACUGCUUUCGGACAAAGAACUUGAAGAGAAGGCGGCUGCUGAGGCAGCUAAGAUUGCUGCCGUCAAAUCUGUCCUAGUCAAGAUUCGCUUCCCGGAUAACACGAGUAGCGAAUGGGAGGUUGGGCCCACGGCAACGGGAGGCUUUCUGUACGAGGCUGUUCGCCACGUAAUGGCAGAUAGCUCACAGCCGUUCCGAUUGUCAUUACCCGGCAGCAAACAGAUCAUCAAGGACAACACCAACCCAUCCAAUUCUUUGGUCAAAAACUACAAGUUCACAGGACGUGUUCUGCUGAAUGUUGUCUGGGACGAUAGCGUGAAACCUGACGUUCGAAAGCGCCCAUUUCUCAAACAAGCAGUUGCGCAGCAAGGGCAAGCUGUCCAGGUCCCCAAGAUACCCCAGGUGGAAGAGGAGAAAGGUCAGCCAGUAGUCCAGACGGCAAAGAAGGAAGAGAAGGAGCCCGGAAGUCUUGAGAAGAAGUUACCGAAAUGGUUCAAGAUGGGAAAGAAAUAG